GUCCAGUCUCUGCUCUGUCUCUCAGCACUUCACAAAUGGUUCUUCUCUCCGGGUCUGAGGAUGGCACUUUGCGGAUGUGGGACUUGAACACUCAGGAACAGAUUGGAGAGCAUCAGAUGCCGGGGCCUGUGCUUGGAGUAGAAGCUUUUAGCAGCAAUGGUGAACAUGUUGUGUCUUACAGCAGCCAUGGAUUGCAUGUGUGGCAGGUUCAGUACUUGUACCUCGUGCACUGCCUUCUGGGGACAAAUGUGAGAGACAUCAGAGUCAGUGGAGGGUUGUCACCUUCCAGAGCUCUAUGUGUGUGUGCAGACUCCGCUGUAAGACUGAUCUCAGCCACUACUGGAGACCUUCUAUCUACACUCCUGCUGGACAGAGGAGACCGGCUGCUGGCUGCAGAUUACUGUAUGCACAGGGAGACGGUGUGUGUGUUGCUGGAAGAUGGAGACCUCGUGAAAGCCAAUGCCCUGGUCAAUCCUAUGAGCAUCAUCAGUAGGGUCAGGGUCAGCACCUCCCAGGCUCUUCCCUGCUGCCUUACGCUUGUAUCCUGCAUUGUGGAUGUGGAGGCUGCCAUUGGUGACUGGAAACGAGUGGUGCACCAGAGAGGAGACCACGGACCUCAUGGGAAGGAUCAUUCAUCCCGAGUGAUGAAAAACAGGUUUUUCCCAGUUGUUGGAUUAGAUGAUGGCACUCUCUGUGUCUGCGACUGGUACUCGAGCCAACCACUGUGCCAGACCGCGGCGCACAGCCCCGGCAGCGUCUCUUCUGUGAUAUCUGACUGGAAGAACAACCUCAUCAUAUCAGCUGGAUGGGAUCUGACGGUGAAGGUCUGGAGGUUCUUCCCGUACAGUGAGGAAAGUCUCAGUCUGAGUAUGAGCAUCUACUGCUCCCAGCGGGUUGGGAUGAUGUGUGUCUACAGGUCUAAGCUCUUUGUAGCCUUCCAGGAUUCACCCACGGCAACGUUCAGCCUGGUGCAAUACUGCCUGCAGAGCGGAACCCGGAGCGACCAUCCGCCUGGCGAUGACCAUCAGGACCAGAUCACAGGUCUCUGCUCCUGUCCAAAACUACGAUUAGUGGCCACCUGCGGUAGAGACAGACGGGUCCGAAUAUGGAAUGAGGAGAACCGGCUGCUCAGGACCCUUUGUUUGCACUGUAUACCUGAGAGCCUGGCAUUCAGCAGUGACCGAGGAGAGCUGCUUGUGGGACUUUCCAAUCACAUUUUCCGAAUCAGUCUUGGCAAAUUGCUGCCCCUUCCGUAUCAACUAAAGGCAAUAUGCAUGAAGUCUCCAUCAACGGUUACUGAUCCUCCAGUUCCUGUACUAGAGACAGAGAUACUCUCUCUCUCCAAGGAUGAUAGAAAGAGGCUCACUCAGCCACACUCCAUGUUACCCAG